ACUCUCCUAAGGACAAAUCCAACUUCCUCUCCCCUGCAUUACCCAAGCCGACAAAUCCAUCUUUUCUCCCUCUUCCCUGCAUUCUCGAGAAACUCCCAAAAUCCCACCUCGUCGACCCUUGCCUCUGACACGCAUCUCGCCGGUGGGUUUGCACAGGCCGGGCAUCUGGUCGCCCGCGCCGACGCGCCCCUUGUUGCCGGAGAAGAUGACUGGAAAAGGAGCUUCAUCAACCUAGCUCUACCCUACCGU